CACUCAGCACGUCCGUGGACGCAGGACGCAGGACGCGCUCCGCUGGCUCCGCAGCACCGAGCCGCCUCUGAAGGAGCAGCUCCGACUCUUUCGCACGGAGUUCCCCCGGACUGCCGGCUGCGUCGACCGGCUGCGGGCCCGUCCUGGUCCCGGUGUGGGUGCAUGUUUGAGGAAGCGCGCUGCACGCAGCUGUUAACGCAGGUUUCCAUCCAGGUUGACGGACCGUAGCAGGAUGCUGUGGCUGCUGCUCUGUCUGCUUCCUCCAGUGGGCUGCAGCAGGAUCGGCCCCCAUGACGCCCCUCCCAGAGAGAGACACAACCAUGAGGAGGCGGUUGCUGCGACGACGAGGCCGCACAUCUACCACUGCCGCUCCCCGAACAUGGAAGACUUCACCUGCUGGUGGCAUCCUCUGGACAACCUGACAGACGGGGAGGACGUCCGAUACGUCCUCACCUACUCCAAAGAUAGGGGGCCCAGGCAGGAAUGUCCAGACUACAUGACUGCAGGCCCCAACAGCUGCCACUUCGACAGCGACCACACGUCCAUAUGGAAAAUCUACUGCAUGAACGUGACCGCCGUCACCGCCCGCGGGAACUACACCUCCCUGCAGCACUGCCUGGACGUGGUGGAGAUAGUUCAGACCGAAGCCCCGGUCAACCUGACCUACCUGCUGAAGGACGCUGGCGGGGACGAGAUGGGUCACAAAGUCCUGCUGUCCUGGAAGUACCCGGUGCCCUCUGACCUGCAGUACGGCUGGAUCACGCUGGUGUACGAGCUGCAGUACCGACGAGUCACCGAGCCGGACAACUGGAAGGUGAAGCAUCCUCUACGGGACCCCCGUGUGGAGCUGCUCGGCCUCCCCGUCGGAGACUACGUGGUCCGGGUUCGCUGCCGGUCCCACAACUACGGCCUGUGGAGCCAGUGGAGCUCCACGCUGCUGAUGAGCAUCCCCUCCAGGCCGCCGGCCGGUAAACUCCUGGUGCUGAUCCUGGUGACGGGGGUCGGCGUGAUGGCUCUGAUGGUUAUCACCUUGGGGAUUAUUCCUCAGAGCAAGAGAAUAAAGGAAUACUUCCUGCCGCCCAUCCCCAAGCCGCGGAUCAUCGGCAUUGACCCACGUCUCCUGAAGAAGGGCAACUUGGACGAAAUCAACCGCCACUUCAGUAACUUCCACAGCUACAGGCCCCCGAGUUACUCCGAGGAAGUCUGGGACCAGGUCAACGCUGACGAUGUUUAUCUCACCACGCCGAAGGAUGGCAGCGUCCCCAGCGAAGCCACUGACAGGGAGAAGGACGCGUUGAUGGUUCCUUGUGUCCAGGCGUCCCCCCAUCAGCUCCCGGCCCAGAAGCUGGCGUCCUACAUGCACAGCAUGUCGCCCUACUGCCCAGCUCUGCCUGAAGCCUUUGAGGUCAUGUCCCCGUGGCCGAGGCAAGAGAUCGUGACGCUGCCGGGGUCAGACUACAGCAUGACCGUCCCUGCUUCUGACCCAACGGCCGCUUUCACCCCCAGCUCUCCACCGCAGGACUUCUACACCUGCGUCCAGCUCAUGAAUGAGACCGGCGAGGUGCACCUGAUGCCCCGCCUGCCGCUGGCGUACUGCCGGGAGAUCCCGCCUCCUCCGGGCCUCGAGUCAGAUUCGUCAGAGAAGGAAAAGACAAGGAAGAUGUCCGACUACCAAGCCAGGAAGAACGCGAUGAGCGGGCUGAAAGACGGCGGCGACUCGGAGAGGAGCGAAGCGGCCGUCCCUCUGCUGCAGGUCGCCGUCGACAACAAGGGCUGAAGGACAGGAAGUGACUCCACACUUUAGUUAUGAGCUGAAGCAUGGAGACAUGUCGCCAUGUUCCUCGUUAAAAUCUGCUUUAAACUGAUCUCCUGUUGUGGUGGUGGUUAGAGAAGAGGGGACUCUCUAAAGGUCCCGACAGACGGAUGUUUCAUAAGGACCUAACAACUCAGUCACUGGUGCAAUAAAAAUACAUUUCCUCCAGGAUCAGUGACGUAGCUACACAUUUAAACAGCGCUUGUGUUUAGGCGACACCAUGUUUUUCUUUGCAAAGCUUCCUCUGGAACUCGACUUCUUCUUCGUCUUAUUUUUUUUGUCUCGUCACCACUCAGAAGCAAAAGGUAAAUUCCAGCAAGACUCAAGACUUAUGUUGAAAACUAAAGUGGCACAAACAGAUAGAAGAAGCUCCCGAUGAGCCUGGCAGUGUUAUAGCUCUUGGUGGUUUAUGGGUAAUGAAGUCCACAGAGUUUAAAGGAAAAUAGAAUUUGCCUCGUGCAGCUUUAAAAAAAGCAAACUGUAAAAUUAACGCUGCAUUCCCACACGCUGCUUCGCCCAAACUGUGUCCGUCUCCUCCCCAAAGCUUCUCCUUCAUGGUUGGAUGUCUUUCUCAGGAAAACGUUAAGUGCAACGACGUUUGACGUCCAGGAUUUUCUUUCAGUUUCAGCGUGACAAAGUGUUAGUGGUUCAUUUUCCAGAAAUAUUCACACAAGACAGUUUAAAAUUCAUCCUACUGCAGGAUUCUCAUUUACACAUGCCAGCUCAUUAAAGGAAUAUUUCUCAAUCUUGGACAUGGAUGGAAUAAUAAUCUGCGUGUAGAGACACGUCUGCCGAGCUCUGAAUCUCUUUCCUCUUCGUCCCUCGGCUGUUUCUCUGACAUGUGUCGUUACCAUUCAGUGUUUUACUCAAGUAACCUGUUGUCUUGCACAUUUUAAAUCCAUAGUUUCACCCCCUCAGGGACCUUUAUUUUGCAGAGAGAGUACAAUAAAUAGAGAUUAUGUUGUAUAAUAUAAAAAAAGGUUCAAUGACCAGCCUCAGGUAGUGUAAAACACUAACAAAUGAUAAGUAUAUUUUAUUUUUUAUUGAUUACUCUGUCCUCUUUGUCAAAAUUCCUGAUGUAUUGAUGAAGAGGAGCCAUUUUAAGAAUGAUUCAAACCAAAAAUAUCUGGCAAUUUCUCAGGCGAGUAUCGGGCGCCUCCAGAUGACGUCACGAGCGGGGAUGGUGACGUCGCGCUUUAUAAUUGGUUGGAUAACAGGAAGAGAGGUUAGUCGUGUUAGCGUUUAGCGGUUGGUUGUUCCUCGUUGGAUAAAUUGAUAAAAGCUGCAUGAUUAUUUCAUCUUUUUCAGGAUAAAACCUCUAAAAUUUUUUUGAGCUACAUCUUCCAAACGUACUGUGAAAUAUAAAUAUAAACUCGUGUUGUUUAACAACGAACCGAUCUCCGUCCGAGCCGAGUCGGCUCCAUUCGGCUAAUAGAUGACGUCAAUGACGUGGACUUUGAUUGGUUCGUUGUUAAACAACAUAAGUUUAAUUUAUUUUUCAGAUGUUUGGAAGAGAUCGCUCGAUAAAGUUAUUUUAUUUUUAAUUUUCUAUAAAACACAAAACUACGAGGACAGCACAUUAUUCAUAUAAAUAAAUAAAAUAAUUCGAAUUCAAUCCAUUCAUUUGUACGGUAGGCACGAAAAGAUUUAAGACGUUUCGAUCCUGAUAAAGAUUAAAUAAAAAUACAGCUUUUAUCAAUUUAUCCAAAGAAUAAAAGGACAAAACCAAACGAUUAAGUUGCUCUGACUCAAUAACAACCGCUAGCACCAUAUGGCUAACCUCUCUUCCGCAUCGUGACGUAAUCUGGAAGCGCCGGAUACUCCCCGAGCUGAUCUGCUUCACAACUGUAGCCAGACUUGUUAGACACUCACACUGGAUAUUUUAAAUAAACCACCCCUUUGAUUGUGUUUGGUUGGCUUCACAUGGAGCCAGAUGUGCCAAACAAUCCACCGAGCACCAAAGAAAAGCCACUAGCAUGUCACCAGUUUGCCCAUUAUGGUGCUAAUCUACAUUUAUUCCUCUAAGUCACCCCCUCCACCGCUGCAGUGAUGUUGUGCCGCCGCUGUGUGUUUUUUCUCGUCUGUGUUGCACUUAGACGUUUUUUUGUUUUUUUGUGCCUGUACGUGCCUUUUAUUCACAGAGCAGUAUUUGUUGUUCCUCUAUCUCAGCAGCCAUCGUGCCACUCGCCUGGAGAUAUUUCCACGAGAAAAAAAAAAAUAAAAAAUGGUUUGAUGGGAAAAGACUUACAAUAGAUGUUCCCCUUUUUAGUUCGGGUUUCAUUCCACUGUGGUGACUUUAAAUACGCACUGAAAGGCACCUGAAACUGGCAUGGUUUAUCAUUUAUGAACUUUUAUUCCGAACUAUAGGCCGUUUAUGCUCAGUGGUGACAUUUGGUGCCAAUUAAUGCACAAAUAAUAAAUUGUAUACCACUGAAAGAACAGAAAAAAAAGUGAACAUGGCCUCCAAAGCCACAACAAAAGCAACUCCACUAGGUUCCAGUAAACCAUAAUUAGGCAGCUAACACUAAAUAAAUCCUACUUUAGAUUGCACAAGAGGAUAUUAUUAGAAUAAAAAAUGACUGAGAAAACUGUGAGAGGAGAUUUUGCUUGCAGUAAUACCCAGGUUUAAAGUACUGGGAAAGAUUUCCAAACAAAGAAAUUGUAUUUUCGUACAGAAAUGUUUAAUGGAUUAGAAAUGUCCAUGGCCCCAAAUAAAAAGAAAUGUCACUUUUCUAUAUAUAAAUAAAUAUAUAUACAAGCUCAGAAAUGUUAUUUAUGUGUAGUUCACUUGGCGACUUUCCUCAACAGUGACUGUGUCUUUAUCUGCUGCUUCUGCGCACACCUGCAUACACAGAUAGCAUCCUAGCUUGUUAGCUCGGUGUUAAACGUGACCUUCCAUUAAAGUGUAGGAUGCUCAUGUGCUAAAAGCUCAAAAACAAGAGUGACUACCACAUUCAGAUAUAUUUUAUCUUUAAAAAGCUGAACGUUGUGUUUCAUUUUAGCUACUCGUCUGCUGGAUAAGAAAAAAAUAUAUAUUGUCUAAAAACUGCGUGAUAACAAUUUUUUUUCCUUUGUGUUUUGCUCACUGAAGAACUGUGUCGUUUGAUUUGUUGUCUGCUCAAAAGCACUUUUUCAUAAUGGUAAAUAAAGUCAAGUCAUAUUCACGUC